AUGGUCCUAAAAAUUAACAUAGAAAAAACCUUAAAAGAAUUUGAAACUAGAAUUAAGGAAUUAGAGCAGAGUAAUGAAGAGUUACGUUCACAAUUCAAAUAUUUAGAAGAAAAGGUUAAAGAGCGAGAAGUAGAAACCAAAGCUAAGCAAGAAAUCAUUAAUAACUAUGAAGAAAAGUUUAGAGAACGAAAAGAAGAAAAGCAAGAUAUUAUUAAUGCUUCUGGAAUACCAUCACUAGAAUUUCAGAAACAGAAGCGAGUUUCUUACAAACAUAAAUGUAUGGGAAAGCCUGAAGCUUUAUUAGUCAAUACCAUUGUUAUUUGA